AUGGUACCUAACAUCGACAGACCCAAAGAGGACCUGAAGGUUACAAUCAAAUGCCUGCAAGAUGGCAGAAUUAAACUGAUGGCAGAUGCAUUUCUGGCAUUCCUUUGGAAAGGUGAUCUACCUGGGGCUGACUAUGAUCUGAACGACAUGAUGGACAGUUUUCUAGAGGGCUUCACCCUCGAAUGUCACAUCUUCAUGGGACCUUCUACUGCUCUGGGCUCCCAAUCACAUGGGAUGUGA